AUGCGUGCGUUAGGUGUUUCGAAUUCUCAUCAGGCUAGCAAGGUAAAGAAGGUUAACAUCAUUGUUACCUCCCAUUGUUACAUCAUCGUAUCCGUAAGCAGGGACAUCAUGGAAAGAGGUAAAGCCGGCGAUCAGGAGUUCUACCUGCGAGCUUUUGACGAAGUUGGUAACCUCUUUGCCAGCUCCGCGAAAGUUCGCAUCUCCCUCUCGUACCACCCGCGACCGGGCAGUGCAACCCCCACUGGCGGAAACACCCCCGCUUCUAAGGCACGCGGAACGCCCUCCAGCGCAAAGGGGAACAUUCUCGGCCGCGCGCUUACCGCAGCAUUCUCCCGCAUCUCCGCGGAAAGGGCUGCAGAAAAGGGAGCGGAAAAGGGCGGCGGCGGCGGUGGAAUCUCGGCCUCUCCCGCGGGAACCCCCGUCCGUGCGCAGUCGUUCUCCCGCGUCCACCCGGAGACUUUCAGCAGCGCCGGCGGAGUGGGAGGUGGAGGGGGAGGGGGAGGGGGAAUGCCCGGGGGAACUCCUACCGGAACGCCCGCGCGCAUCCGCGGGGAAGAAGGGGGGCUUUUAGCAGGGGGGCCGACAGUGCAAGGCAAUCCAGGGGGCCCUCUCACCGGUGCUGGAGCUACUCCGGUGGGUACACCUGGGACUACACCUGGGAUCACACCUGGGAAUACACCUGGCCAGGCGUUGGCGAGCUUACGACUUGCGAAUCUGACGUUCACGCCUGGGAUUCAAACACGCGAGGCCAUGUCGUCGCAUGGCCCUAGUUCGCUGCAGCGGUCGCGGCCCAUGUCGCCACGGUCGCCGGCGUCGCCCAGGUCGCCCAUGUCGGAGGUGCGCGACGGUCUGCGACACGGGCUGGACCUGGUGCAGGCGCUGCGCGAAGUUACAGAAGGCGGUGCGAAAUUCGCGAACGCGAGUAACAAGAAGCAGAAGUCGAAAUCGGGGCCGUUGAGCGUGAACCAUCCGUAUAUGAUGGAAGCCGUGGAUCUACAGCGCAAGCAUAAAUAUAAAGCGCAAUCCGGCCCGUUAUUCGAUAGCGGAGACGCCUAUGACGCGGAUGGGGGAGGCUCCGGAACCUGCAGCCCGUACAGCCGCCGCCCCGCGUCCUCCUCCCCCCCGAGGCAUGUGCGCAAGAUGAUCCUCCCCCACCGCUCCGCCACUCCGCCCAUGUCCUUCCGCGAGGCCCCGCAGCCCCCCCAUUCCGGGGGGGGAUUCAUCCUCGGUAGAAGCGCUCCGCUAAAUCCAGAGGCCUUAGACCUCUGGGAAGGGGGAGAACCCCCACCAGCGGUAUUUACCUCGAGAUCUGGGCCGUUACGGCUGCAGGGUAAUUACUCGGGAUAUAAACCAACAUCGGGGCCUCUACCCACCACGACGUCUCUCAUGAAGCUCGACUCGUUAGACACUCCGCCGACUCUCCCCCCUCCCCCGUCUCUCCGCGCUAUGAGGCGGGGAGGGGUGGCGGGGAGCGGGCUGUUUUCGCAUUCGAUUGUUAGCGGGAGUGCUUAUAACGGGGCUGCGUUAAGCGGGGGGACGUUUAGCGCGGGAGCUGGGAGCAUGCAGGAGACGAACAGCUCGAGCGGCUGCCACGUGGGAUCCACGGGCGAUGACGUGUCAUCUGGUAUGGCAGGCUCGGGGAUGACAGGUUCGGGAAUGACAGGUUCGGGGAGGAUGCUUCGAAGGCAGGGGUCUGGCGGAAGGCAAGGGCCGGGCGUGCAGCUAGGGUUCGGCGGACGAACAGGGGGAGGCGGAGGCAUGGGGGGGUUUACAGGCGAGAGGGUUGGCACGUGGGGGAGUGGAGGAACGGGGGGAAGCGAAGAGACAGGGGGAAGCGGAGGUGCGGCGGCAUCUGGGGGGUUGAUGGCUGGUGAGUUUGGCAGCUUCGGGGGCGGGUGUGGGGCGGGCGGAUUUGGCAGCUUCUCCAGCCUGGCGUCUCACGGGUCUGUGAAGGCCCCGCUACAGUCCCAAGGCAGCUUCAGCACCAUCAAUUGUGCAACUACCUCCUCGGGCCCAAGAGGAAUGCCUAAGAGCCUGCAGCGCGGGGGGAGCGGGGGGAGCGUGCAGGACGAGGGCGGGGGGGAGGCGGAAGGUGAACAAGGGGCCGGAGGGGAGGGAGUGGGAUUGGCAGGAGGAUAUGCGGGAGGGGAAGGAUUCGUGGUGGGAGCGGGCUUAGAGGCGGACAAUGAAGUGGCACUGUUUCUGCCAGAGGGACGAACCUUUGAGGAAAUGCUGAUGGAGGAGAAAGAAACGGGGUUUGAACACGGAACUUCCACCGCCGUCGCCACUUCUGCUACUGGCAAGGAUGAGGGUUUUGAGACGAGCCACAUGCUGAUGGACGCGGCAGGUGCAUUGGAUGCGUUUCCCUUGCCGAUGCCCGAAGGGUUUGACACGAUGGGAUGGGAUGAGAUGGAGGUGUCAGAAAAUGGGGGUGUGGCGGAAGGAAAUGCGGCGUGGGGAAGAGAGUCUGUGCCCGGGGGCGGAGGUGGGGUUGAUAGGCAACAAAUGGCACAGGCACAGCAGCCUUUAUCGGCAGCAGCCCACACGUGCCAACAUGCCGCCUAUACAUGCCCCAGUGACAUUCAGCAAGUGACAGCGGAUGCCGGCCAGCUUCUUUCAAACAACCAAACCCUACCUGGAAGAAUUCACGCGCCUCCCUCGCUGUCGCCUCCUGGGUUCGGCACAGCAGCAGGGCCAGCAGGGGCAGUAGCAGCAGCUGGGAGUCCCUUGCAUCGAUCGAGGGGUGUUGGGCGGAGAACAAUGGGAGGGGGCAUUGGUGGGGGAAUCGGAGGGGCGAUGGGAGGAGGAAUGGGAGGGCUGGGAGGAAGAAUGGGAGGAGGGACAGAAAGUGGCUUUGACACUGGUGGUGCUGUCACUGAUGCUGUAGGUGUGGUGGCUAAUGCAGCAGCAGCACCCGUGGCUGGAGUGCAGUAUGCCUGA